UUCAACAACCCUACUAAUCCAAGCAUGCCUUCAAACUAACUCUCGAGAAUGCAGUCUCUGUGAACACCUCUCUCUCUCUCUCUCUCUCUUCACAGAAUGCACACUCCACAACCACAAACAAUGCAGAAACAACCCCAUUUGCACUAACAAGCACUUCAAAUAAUAGUGGAAAUGGGACUGGUACAAGAGAAGAGGCAAUCUAGUGUUUUGAAGAUGAAGUUGGUGGCAGAGAUACUGACCGGAAAUCUGUUCUACGUCGAGGUGGGAGAGGAUGCCACCGUAGCUGACCUCAAGAAAGCAAUCGGGAAGCAAGAAAAUCUACCUGGGGAUCGCCUCAUUCUGCUGCUCGAUGCUGAGGAGCGUUAUUCGUUGGAUAAAGAUGAAGCUUUUCUUAAAGAUUAUGGGGUUGAAGAUAGCUCCCACAUCUAUGUCUUUUUCCGACCCCAGGAAAACAUCGCUGCUGCCUCUGCUUCUCCUUCGACUCCGAAGGAGUCUGCCUCCAGUGAACCUUCACACUCCAUGGAUUCUGCGACUGGAGUUACAAAUGCGGAUAAUACAGAUGAGGCCAAUGAAGACGAAGAAGCUCCACGCCACAAGAAUGCUACAGAUGAGGCGAAUGAGCCUCCUGCCUCAGUUGAUCAAGAAUGAAUGUUCAAUUUUUGACAGAAUAUAUAUAAUCUUAAUAGCUAGUAGUCGAUUCUAUCACACGUUUUUCACCAUUUCCUGAACGAAUGAAUUUUUUACCUAAUAUGUGUAUGCUGUUCUUAUAAU